UAAUGAGUCUGUCUGCAAGUAUGAAAACCAUAACUGCUCUUAUAUUAAUAAUUUUAGUCAAAGUAGAUGCAGGUCGAAUUCUUGUGGUUGUACCAACUCCAUCAGUAAGUCAUCAAGUGGUAUUCCAACCUCUCACAAGAGCAUUACUGGAUCGAGGACAUGAUGUAGUCGUUAUAACAACCGAACCAUUGUAUAAAAACAACGAUGGCCCACCGAAUUUGACAGAAAUCGAUGUCUGUGAUAUCUCUUAUGAAGUAUGGAAAAAGAAGUUCAUGACCAACACAGCUAUUGGAAAGAAAAAGUACUUGAUACAAUCUGUGGAACUGUUUGUCCAACAGUUUGCUAAAGCAUUUGAAGUACAAUUGCAAAGUGAUCAAGUUAAGAGACUUGUAAAUGGUGAGCUAGGUAAUUUUGAUGUGCUGAUUUUGGAAGCAUCUGUGCGCCCAGCUUUUAUUUUUUCACAUAUAUUCAAAGCACCAGUGAUACAAAUGAGUACAUUUGGUGCUAUGUUAAACAGUAAUGAUAUUGUUGGUGCACCUUCACACCCGCUUUUAUACCCGUGGAAUUUACACCAAAGAUUGUACAAUUUAACCAUUUUGGAGAAGGUCCAAGAGCUUGUGAAACAUUGGCAAAUAUAUAACAUGUAUCGAGCUUACGAAAAUAUCGAAGAAGAAAUGUUAAGGAAUAUUUUGGGACCAAAUAUACCAUCUUUGCAAGAAUUGAGUACAAAUGUACAAAUGUUGUUUUAUAAUAGUGAUCCGAUUUGGUCUGAUAAUCAACCUGUGCCUCCAAAUGUAGUGUACAUUGGAGGAAUUAAUAAAAAACCUGAAAAAGAACUUCCUAAGGACCUACAAUUAUAUCUAGAUUCAUCAAAAAAUGGAGUUAUCUACAUCAGUUUUGGGAACAACGUGAAACCAUCACUUCUUCCAAAGGAUAAGUUGCAGAUAUUCAAAAAUAUAUUUUCCGAAUUGCCGUACAAUAUUCUGUGGCGAUGGGAUACCGAUAUUCCCGAUAAAUCUGAUAACGUCAAAAUUAUGCGAUGGGUUCCACAAACUGAUGUAUUGAGACACCCAAAGGUAAAGCUUUUCAUAACUCAAGGAGGUUUACAAUCUACUGAAGAAGCGAUAAGUGCUGGUGUACCUUUGAUUGGUAUACCCAUGAUUGCUGACCAAUGGUAUAAUGCUGAAAAAUAUGAGCACUUUAAUAUUGGCAAACAAUUGGACAUUGAAACGUUAACGGAAGAAGAAUUUAGAGCAGCUGUUAAAUCCGUUCUUGAAGAUAAAAGUUAUCGUGAUAAUAUAGUAAAAUUAAGGAAUUUAACGAGAGAUCAGCCGUGGAGAGCCGUGGAUCGCGCCGUGUGGUGGACGGAGUACGUGCUGCGGCACGGAGGGGCGAAGCACCUGCGGGCCGCCGCCGCCAACAUGCCAUGGACUCAGUAUUAUGAGAUUGAAUUAGUUAUGAUUAUUUUAUCUAGUACUAUGGUCGUUAUAACUAUAGUGAUGUAUGGUAUGUUCCAAUGUAUGAAGCGUAUUUUGAGAACAAAUAAAGUUAAAAUCUUGUAA